AUGUCUUUGCUAUGUUUGACCAAGCGCAGAUUCCAAGAGUUCAAGGAGGCAUUCAACAUGAUUGACCAGAAUAGGGACGGAUUUAUCGAUCAGGCGGAUCUUCAAGAAAUGUUCGCAUCACUAGGUGCGUCAGAAGUUCUUUUGCUCAAGAGCUGUAGUAUAUAG